AUGGCGGACGAUGUGCUUAAUGGGUUGGAAAAAAAGAAGCUAACAGCGGAUGAAGAGGAAAUAAUUGAGAUAACGGAUGAAGGAAGAAUGGAAGAGAUUGAGAGAUGUAAUUUGAGUCUCAUUGGCAAAUUUUUAACAUGCAAAGCUUUCAACAAAAUGGCAGCAAAGAAUACCAUACGAAGAGCGUGGGGUUUGGAGAACAAGCUUCACAUUUUGGAGGUUGGACCAAACUUGUUCCAGUUUAAGUUUAAUAACGAGUUUGAUUUGAGUAGGAUACUGAGAGGAGGGCCUUGGACUUUUGAUAAUCAACUUCUCAUGCUUAAAAGGUGGCAGAAGGGAAUGACGGCAGCAAACAUCAAAUGGGACACUGCAUCUAUUUGGGUCCAAAUCUGGGAAGCCCCUUUUGACAUGAUUUCUUCUGUUGUGGCGAUAAGGAUAGGGAGCAGAUUGGGUGUAGUGGAGGAGGUUGAAAAAAGGAGGCGCUAG